AUGUCAUCCGAUUCGUCGAGCUCUUCAUCCGACGGUGUUCUUGACGAUAUGAUUAACGCAAUUACGCAGGAGACGAUUAAUUAUUUGCGAGAAGAAACCCAAUCCUCUACAUCGUGUACCAGACAACCGGCUCUUGAACGAGAUCGGUUAGGUGCUCAUGAACAUUUAAUGCAAGAUUAUUUUUGUGAAAAUCCGUUGUACGAUGAUGUCCAGUUUAGGCGUAGGUUUUGUGUUAUCUUUCUGUACGGGAAGCGAUAUUUGAGGAUGCCAACCGCUGCCGACGUUCCACUUUUAUACGAAACCCAUCAGCGGAUACACGAGUUUCCUGGGAUGUUGGGUAGUCUUGAUUGCACGCACUGGAAUUGGGCGGCAUGUCUAACCGCUUGGAAAGGGCAACACCAUCGUGGUGACCACGAUGGUCCUACCCUAAUAUUACAUGCGGUCGCUUCUCAAGAUUUAUAG